AUCCAAGCAGCGUGUGUUUCCAUAGAUUGAAUGAUUGGAGUCGCCAUUCUAACUUCUCCUUCCUCGAUCAACACCAAAUUCCAACCCUUCGACAUUUUUGCUCAGACAUACUUUCUCUCCUCGAUCUGACUCAUCUAGGGUCCCAAAUCUGCACGUCUUGUGCGCUUUCACAGUUCUAGCGGACCAUCAUGUCUUCAACAGGACCACCAGAAACCCCGACUACCCAUGGCAAACCCUCAACAGCUGAAGCCUCGGUGUCGAGGAAAUCCUACAGACGAAAAUACCGCAAGAUCAUGGUGACAUUCGAAGAAGAAACAAAGGAGAGCAACAACUUGUUCCGAGAAGAACAAAGAAUCAAUGAUAUUUCCCAACGCCUCGCGGAACAAACAGAUCAACUGCUCCAGCUUCUCGUCGAACUCAACUCUUUACCUCAAGUACCGCGAAGCCUACGCUACGAUUUGACCCCGCCAGGGCAUACCGCCGCACCAGAUCCAUACCCAGAAGAAUAUCUAGAUGAUGAGGACGGACAUUUCAGACUACAAAAGGCCAGGAUUCUGCUACAAUUACGUGAGAUCAGCAAGGGAGAGUACCACGCGAUUGAAGAGGAGUUGUUAAAGUCGGAAGAGUUCAAACCCAGUCUCUCAUACAGUUCUCUGCUCCAGAUAGCCCCAGACCAAACAUCUCACGACAAGACCGAUGGUGUUCAAGAUGAAGGCAUUGGAUUCAUUACGACGCGGGACGAAGAGCAAUACUUGCAAGCCCUAGACAACUUUCUGGAUGAGAAGGACAGCAACCCACGGGCACAUGUGGCUAAUCACCUGGGCAGUCGUGGUGCAGAUCGGACUAUCCAGAUGGAACGAGAGAUGCAGUUGAAAAACCCGGUCUCGGUAUACAACUGGCUUCGCAGACACCAACCCCAGGUGUUUCUUCAAGACAAUGAACCUACCUCAGAAAAACCAACUCGCGCCACGGCAUCCAGGAGUUCGGCCAGGAAGAGUACCGGCGCUGCCAAUUCUUCUUAUGACCAAUGGAAACGCGAUGCAGACAAGUACGACGAUGUGAUUGCCCCCAACUCUGCAGCUUCGUCCAAAGGGAAACGAAAACGAGACCAAGAUGGAGGCUAUCGCCCCAAGGGAGGGAAUGCUCGAGGCACCAAGCGAAAGAAGGAGCCUAAAGAGGAGACUGCUCGUAGCAAACGGGCCAAGAAGGCUUCGAUGGGUUGAGGGCAGAGAUGAUUUUGAUAUAGACCUGGCCUGGUCUUAUCAAAGCCUUGUAAUUUUAGUCUACAUGUGUUACGAACUAGUUAUCGGCCGAGGCCUGCGAGUGCUAUCGCACCGAGAGAGAAGCGUCAUAAAAUGGAAAAGUCUUCUCUGGUA